ACUCUUCUUUUGGGCGGAGGAGAGGGAAGACGUGUGCAAGAAAGUGCUCAUACGAUCCACAAAAAAGAAAGAAAGAAAGAAAGAGAGACAGAAAGAAAGAAAAUAAAAAAGGGGAAACAAAAUCAACGUAACGAAAGUGUGAAUGAAAGAAAAAUACGCCCAGGGUUUCAGAUCGUCAUGGAAUAAGUAGAAAGAUAAGCGACCGAUUGUAUAGUAAAUGACAAUUCAGUUAUUUUAACAAUUACAUUAAAACCAAAUUUGUAAACGAGAUGGGAGGGACGACGGGGAAUUGUCUGACGAGGGUGAGCAGCGCCAUCGCAGGAGCCCUCGAGAGAUUCUUCUACACUUACGGCAAGAGCGUGGCCUCGCACCCCAAAAAGUACAUACUGGGAUGCGUCUUGAUCACAGGUGUCUGCUGCCUUGGGUUCGCUAACUUCUAUAUGGAGAAUCGCCCGGAGAAACUGUGGAUUCCUCAGGACUCAGACUAUGUGUUGACCCUGAACUGGCAGGCAGAGAACUUCCCCAACGACCAGCGAGUGGAACUUAUCCUAUACGAGUCAGAUAAUGUGCUCAAAGCUGAUUACAUUCGAGAGAUGUAUCGACUGCGAAAGGAACUACGAGCUAUCGUUGUGCAAAACAGAGGCGGCGAAAACGUUACCCAAGAAGAUCUAUGCUUCGAAGUCCCAGCCCUCGGAGGAACCCAGAAGGACGAACUCAGGGACAUCAAGCGCAAGCUCUUCCCAGACCGAGACCCUAACGAGGACUUCGACUGGUCUCUGGCCUUCGACAAGACCAUCUACUACCAGUUCUACGAGAAGAUGCCCAAGGACUGCCUCGAAUUCAGCAUCCUUGAGAUCUGGGGGAAUGAUGAUCAGGCAAUCGCAGACCUUACAGAUGAGGAGGUAUUGCAUGAGAUCAACACGGCGAACAUGAGUGUAACCUACGCAUACCCCAUGGAUUUCCAAGCUUUUCUGGGAGGUAUAAAGAGAGACGACUCUGGACUAGUGAUCGGCGCUGAAACAACACUCACCCAGAUUGUCAUGAGAAUCAACCGCACAGAGAUUGACUUGGGGAUGUUGACGAACGACGCUGGACUAGCUGAUGAGGUGGACAUGGCGUUAUACGACUGGGAGGGCGAGUUCAUCUCCCUUCUUCGGAACGACACUGGCCGGCCGGAGGGACUUGAGGUAUACCUGCAGGCGCAAAGAAGUUUUGGCGAAAUCAGCGGAGAAACAAUCCUGGGAGAUGUUGCCUUCCUCGUUAUAGGCGAUAUUAUCUUGUUUGUCUACGUGCAACUGAUGCUUGGCAAGUUCAACAUGGUCGAGACUAGGCCCGUCCUUUCCUUACUCGGCCUUCUGGCUACCUUCAUGGCCGUCGGGGUGUCCUUCGGCCUCUGUUCCGCCUUCGGGAUUGCCUACGGUCCUGUGCACUCUAUCCUGCCCCUGCUUAUGCUGGGUCUAGGAGUGGAUGACAUGUUUGUUAUUGUCCAGUGCUGGCAGAAUCUCAGCCAUGAGGAGAAGAGACUAGAGCUCAAGAAGAGAAUGGGGUGCGCGCUUCGUCACGCCGGGGUAGCCAUUACCGUCACCUCCCUCACCGACUUCGCUGCCUUCACCAUCGGCGCCUCGACCGUCCUGCCAGCCCUUCGGUCUUUCUGCAUCUACUCCGCCCUUGGUGUGGUUGCCCUGUACAUGCUCCAGGCCACCUUCUUCGUCGCCUGGUUCACCCUCGACCAGAGCCGUCUCGAAGACCAUCGCAACGGACUCUUCUGGUGCUACAAACACAAGAACUGGACUCCGAACAAAUGCUCCCAGUACGACCUGUGCCAAAUGUUCUUCGAUAAGAUCUACUCCAAGUACCUGCUGAAGAAACCUGUUAAGGCUCUCGUACUGGUCGUCACGGCUGUCUUACUGGGCACGAGUAUCUGGGGCGUCACGAACCUGAGGCAGGAAUUCAACCCCGUCUGGUUCAUCCCUCAGUCUUCAUACCUUUUCCAGUUUCUGUCUCGGGCCCAGACUUACUACCCAGAAGCAGGCGAACGAGGCACCGUGUAUUUGGGCGCCUUGAACUACUCCCAAGAACUGCCGAAGAUUGGGUACCUGACUGAGUCCAUGAGAGAGAAUGAGUACAUUUCCUUCGUAGAUUCUUGGUAUGACCUCAUGAUUGACUAUACCAACAAGAGCAUUGGUGAAGACAUCGCCGGGCAGUCACUGAACGAGAGUUUCUUCAACAAGGCCAUGUCGGAUUUCCUGUAUUCCCCAUCAGGCUCUCGCUUCCAAAACUACUUUCAUUUCGACGGCAAUUUAACUGCUAUGCAACCUGCACCCCCGAUACUCGCCAGCAAAUUCGACUAUAGCCACAGAUCUCUGGAUGGACCAGCUGAGCAAAUUCCAGCGAUGGACCAGACGAAGGAAUUGGUCAAGAGCGCAAAUUUCUCAGAUUUCGCAGCCCCGAUCGCCAUGAUGUACAGUAGUUGGGAAACGGAUAAAAUCAUCGCAUUUGAACUUGUUCGAAACCUUUGUCUGGCGUUGGUGGCAGUGUUCGUCAUGACGCUCAUCCUCAUAGCCAACAUAGUGUCUUCAAUCUAUGUACUCUUGUGUGUUUUGCUUACCCUUGUCGAUGUCAUGGCCCUGAUGACCUGGUGGGACCUGACUAUCGACACUGUGUCUUGCAUCAACUUGGUCCUCUGCAUUGGCCUCUGUGUGGACUACUCGGUACACAUAGCGCUACACUUUAUGCAGGUGAAAGGAACGAGAGACGAACGAGUUCAACGGACGGUGAAAGAGAUGGGUCCAGCGGUCAUAAACGGGGCCUUCUCUACGUUCCUGGCGUUCAUCCUCCUCGCCAAUUCGGAUUCUCACGUGUUUGAGUCGUUUUUCAAGAUCUUCUUCGGGGUGUUCAUCUACGGAGUGUUCCACGGACUGGUCUUCCUCCCCGUCCUGCUCAGCCUCAUCGGACCGGCGCCCUAUGCCCACGAUCUCCACGCCCUUCCCGAAAACAUCGAGGUUGAGAAACGUUCCAAAGACGUUCUGGUGAUCGAUGGCAGGACUUAUUCGCAGGUGCACGUUAGGUCCAAUUCGUCCUACGAGUGAUUUGAUAUUUAUUUUUUUUGUUUUAGUCUAGUUUUGCAUGCGCUUAUCUUUUUUUUUCUUUUUUUUAACCAUUCUCUCUCUGUGACAUGUGAUUAUUUUCUGUUCUGUUGAUUUAUUUAAGAUGGUUUGACUUCCGGCUAAUAGAUUCAAGGUGCAAGAUUUAGCAAAUACAUUCUCCUAAUAAUAACCGUAAUACUAAUUGUUAUUAAUAUUAUCAUUAUCAUCACCAUCAUUGUUACUGUUAGUAUUACUACUACUUGGUAAAUCUUGCCUAGCAGAAUUUGUUCUUAUUUCUUUAUUAAGUUCUUGAUGGGUAUAGUUGUAUUAUUCCCUUGUGAACUUGAUCUUUCUAUUAUUACUUUUUGUAUUAUUUUUGUUUGUCAGUCAAAUGGUUACUGCCUUAUGCUGUAUCCUAUUUUCACUGUAUAUUUGAUGUGGAUGUUUUUAAUUUGAUUUGUGUAACAUACAAAGAUAAAAAAAAUAGUAGAAUAAGAGUAUGUACUCAAUCUCUAUAUUUUAGAUUUUAAAAAGCAUAUGAACAACUUUAUUGCUCACAGGUUGUGAAAGCAUUUUUGCAAUACUCAUUGAAAAUACCUUUUUUAACACACUUCAGUGUUGUUACCACAAAAUACUCAUCAAAUGUAGUUGCUUUCUCACAAUCAACAACAAACUGUUGGCUAAAAUGAACUAUACAUUUAAAUGUUAUUUUGAUACUUGUGUCUUGUGUAUUUGCUGUGAUGCCAUAUGUGUAUUAUAUGAAGAACAAAUCCCCCUAAAUACAUUUCUUCCUUACAUGCAUUUCCUCUUGUUGAACAGAGCUGUCUUACAUGAAAUACAUGUCAAAUAAAAUUCAUUCUUCUUCAAGAUGCUAGUUCUAGUUUAAUGUUUACAAGAUGUGACUUCAUGAUUAUUCUAUUUCUGUAUUCAUUAUAUAACCUUAUGAUUAUACUGUUUCUGUACAUAUUUCUGUAUCUUUAUGGAUAUAGCUGAAAUAAUAAAUAUGACAGAUUUCCCUUUGUCUAUAUUAAUUUUCAUACAAUUAUUUGCAUGUUUUUCUCUAAAAUCCUACAAUGAUUUACUUAGCCAUUUUUUCCACUUUGUGCAUGAUACACUAAGACUUCUCCCCAAACGCAAUUUAAUCACUAUUGUCUUUUUUUCUAGAAACUUUUAAUUAA